UCAUGGCGGCGCGUGCCGCGCGAAGAUUUUACCCACGGUUGCUCGAAAUGUCCAGAAUAUAUGUAUAUGCUGCGAGAUCGAGGCAAUAACGUGUCUCGGAAUAUAAAUGAUUGUUGAAAAGUUUUCGGUAAAUGUUCACUUAAAUUCUCUCGCCUUAAAUUUUGACAGAAAUAUGAUUCCAUUUCCAAAUGAGCGAUGACCUAUGUAAGAGACACAUUAGUUAACUAUACGUUAACAAUGUAUUCCACACAUCCAAAUUAGUGGUGGAACGGGAAGAACUUUGAGAACUGUCCUGAAAGUGUGUACUUAAUGCAAGAUGAGAGAAGUACAAUGGCAGAAAAAUUUGUAUGAAAAUUACGGAUUGCCUGACAAUUAUACGGACAGUUCCUUCUUGAAGCAACUGCGUAAAAAUAUAAAACCGAAUAACGUGACGUUAAUAGAAGCGAUAAGCUUAGGCGCCAGCAUAUCCACGAGAUUGAGCGUUGUUGUACUCUUCGUCAACAUAUUUAUCUGGCUGAACAAUGAAUGGACCACGCCAAACGUUGUCGUGAUAUCAGGAAGCGUGCUGACGAUCCUUGGGUAUUUUAUAUACAAUAUGAAAAUACCUGAUCGGCCUAUAAAACUAACAAAGGAUUUGUGGACAGUAUUAAUAUUUCUAACAUUUGGUUACAUAUUAUCGCCCAUUUUGAAAACCUUAACGGAAACGAUUAGUACUGAUACAAUUUACGCUAUGACGAUAUUGAUGUUUCUCACCCAUUUAGUAUUUAGCAAAUAUGGAUCGUCACAGAUCUUUCUCUCGGACUCUUUAUCCAUAACUUCCUCAACCUUUGGCUCAUUAAUGUUGGCCUCCAGAUUAGCGUCUCCGUUACAUGCCUUUUCGCUUUUAACCGUUUCAGUUCAGUGUUUCGUACUGUUACCUUAUUUGCUGUCGCAAAUAAAUAAUAAAAUUGUCGUAUCAGUCGUUCUGACAAUCGGCACUAUAUAUUUGCUCCUAUUUGUCUCACAAAGGUUCUCCUACGUUUUUAUUAUCGCUGUAAUAUUCAUUCAUUUUGUUUGUCCACUUUUGUAUAUCAGAUGCCAGAAAUAUAAAGAUAACAUUUAUGGUCCUUGGGAUGAGGCAGUAAUCGCUUCUUAAAAAGAAAUAGAAUUGGAUUUCUUUACGAGAAUCUAUCGUAGUUAGAAACUUGUAUAUUUGUACAUUUAUAACAAAUAUGUAAUCCAGAAUCGUAUACUUGUACUUUUUGAAAUCCAAUAUUCUAUAUUUAUCACACAUCUUUAUAUAGUAUUAUUUAUAUUAUUCAUGUAAUAAAUAAUAAUUUUACAAGAAUACAUUUUAUUGCAUGAUACACACGUUAGAUAGAAAAGGAGAACAUGAAAGAAGUAUGUUAAUAUAAAUUUAUUACAUUUUGCAAAAAAUGCAAAGGAAAAUGACUUAAAGUACGUAAUUUUCACCUGAUUCAUUUUCACAAAUAGAUCAAAAAAUCGAUUCUGCAUAUGAAUUCUAAAUAAAAUUUAAUCGAUCUCGCUA